AUGUCUACCUCCAGAGUUGUUCGCUUUUUGCGAACUGAUAAUCCAGAUACCUUCGUACUGGUUCAUGUCACCGCUGCCGGACCAAAAUCGUUAGACUUAUCGCUAUCAGCUACUGAAGGAGAAAGUCCGUAUACCGCUGUGGUUAAAAAAUCUCGCUUGAAAGAUUUUAGAGCCAAAAACUACCAAGGUUCCGAAGAUGAAUGGGCUCAAAUUGUCUCUUACAUCCUCGGCGAACCCAUCCCAGCAGAUCAACUGGCAUCUAUCUCUGGAAUUGAAGCAACGGCCAGCAUCACCGGCUCUGGCGACGAAGACAGAGAAAUCGUGCUGGCAAUCCGCAAGAGGGUCCAAUCAAUAACACAACGACUUGGCACACUUGUCCUUAAGCAGGACGAUGAACAGGCAAUUGAGCUUUUUGAGUGGACCGGAAUCGCGGCAGCUAAAGCAAAUGAAUUACAAAACCAAGUCACUGAACUAGCAGACCGCCAUAACGGCUUUGAGGAGAAGAUCAAGCAGCUGACUGAGCAAUUAGAAGAGCUCAUACGGGUCAAGACCGAGCAUGAAAACCAGCUGUUGGCUAAUUUUGUUCAGAUUCUCAAUGAGAAAAAGCUCAAGAUCCGGAACCAACAGCGUCUCCUAGCGACGGCAACGGCAGAUUCUGCCAGAGUUGCGGAGAUACAGGCUGCAACGGGCUCAGUACAUGAAACUAGUCAUGAGAUCCAUGCUUUGAAACGGCGCGCACAGGACAUUGCCGAUACAGAUGGCGACACCGAUGACGGCUUCGAGCAAAUGGAUGUCGACAAAAAGAAACCUGACAUUGCUACAAAUGACGAAGAAACCGAUGACGGUGGUCAGUUUACGCCUGAGCAUUCGGAAAAUGAAGAAGAUGAAGAUGAAGAUGAAGAGGAAGAGGAAGAGGAAGAAGAUAAGAAAGAAGACAAUGAAAUCAACAAUAACAAUGAUGGGAAAUCCACCGAGGUGGGACAACGCCCGUCCCCGAAGGAUCAUUCCCCACCGCCGCCACGACGAGAACUUCCUUUCACCAGACGUGGCCAGCUUGGAAAGGUCAAGUCUCCAGUGGCGAAAGUAAUGGAUGAAACUGACGGAGAAAGCGAUGAUGAUGAGUUGUGA